ACAUCCCCUCAAACGAACAAACUCCCUCUCAACACUCGCCCACAAUGGCACCACCCGCCUACAUCAUCUCCCGCACCCUCGACCCCAUCUUCGCACUCUUCAUCGGCCUCGGCGCAGCAUCAAUGCGCAUAAACCGCGAAGAGAAGGAGCUCGGACGCAGCACGAAGGAGACUAUUGACGCUGGGUUAAGGAGGAUUGGAUUUCCGAGGGCGGACGACCCGGUUGGUGCUGCUGCGGCGAAGAAGUGAAAGGCGGGGGGGGGAAGUUGCGAUAGGCAGGGAUAUGGGGACCGAUGAGUCGACGCCGGUCCCAAGUGCUGGGGUUGGAUGGAUGGCACUGCGGGGAUCUGGGAUGGGAAGUAGGGCCGGGCUGGCUACGGAUCUGGGCGGCUUGGAUGAUAUGAGGUGUGGAUAUGGCUGUAUACUACUGUAUGAUCAGACUGUGUUGGGAAAGCACAAGAACGCAGGAGGUGGGGGUGCUUGCAGGGCGGGAAGCGGUUGUAUAACAAAAGUCAUAGGGGGAAAUCACGGACGGGAAACAAAGGAGUUCUGUACGAGGGGGAGAAAGCGCGUAUUCCCCGGUAUCAAAGAGUUGCAGCAGUCGGAAAGCAAAGCACAUCACAUCAGCAAUAUUUGGCACAAACUUGGG